AUGAGGAGGAAAGGAGAGGAGGGGGGAGGCAGCCGGCAGCCCUUAGCCCCCCUCAGUGCCUCAGUCGACCAUGUGACAGUGCAGCGGGUGGUCGAUCUCACGCUCUCCGCCGCUUCUUUCGUUAAAACCUUUGUAUAGCGUGAGGAGGUGCGGAGUUGUGAGUGGCACUAAGUAAGCUUGAAUCCCUCUCUCUGUAUUGGAUUAUUCCCCGCCUUUAUUUUUGAUCCUAACCCUUCCUCACUUGGAUAUUAUUAUUACUACACCUGCAACCUACGUGAUGUAAUUAACAGGACUAUGGGUGACCAAAAGCAGGAAGCCUCCACCUGCUGACCCUCGCUCGUAGAUGGUGUGGUGUGAGAGGAGUGCAGGUGUGGCGGCGUGGCCAUGGAUCGCCCUGGAGUCCACCUUAGACCCCUUGCCCCCCACCACCCACACCACGCCCACACCCACGGCUCGGCUCCCCAGGCCCACGGACCCGCUACCUACACCCACGGACCACCCACCCACACCCAUGGCCCGCCCACGCACACCGCAUCACACCCUUACUCAGCGCCCUACACCCUCGGCUCCUCCUCCUCAUCCGCCGCCCACACACACGCCCAUGGCACCCACUCGGCAUCCUACACCCACGGACCGCCCGCCCACGCUCAUUUUAACAGCGCCGCCUCCGCCUCCGCUGCCACGCCCACCGCCACGCUUCCUGCUGAGGCUGCUUUCAGGAGAGACGAAGAUAAGUCACCGAAAUCUUCAGCGUCGCAUCUCAGUCUGCUCUCCACUUCCUUUCCUUGCAGCUUGACCUCUUCCAUCAAUGACCUGACGGGGGAAGCAGCGGUCCUAGAAACAGCUAUUAAGGCCAAUGAUACUUACCAGGUGAAGAGGCUCCUGGAAUUACACCAUGAUAAAUUCCAGAUUGACCUGCACGGGAGCAUCUUGGAUAAAUGGUCGUGCGAUACUGGGAGUCGCUGCGUGUCUCAGGACGUGGAGAUUCUACUACGCAAGUCCCAAACCCUCAUUGACAGGUUCGACCACCGCAGCGAGGCGAGCAGUGACAACACAGACGGGGGCGGUGUGCCCGGAGUCUUCACCAACGCCCUGCACCUGGCAGUGGACCACGGGGCCACCGACGUGGUAAGGCUGCUGCUGCGGUAUGGCGUGGAACCCAACCGGGGGGGCGUGCUGUCCCUGGGAGGUGGCGGAGGCACUGGGGGCACGGCCCCGGGGCCUCGGCAGCGCCUAUCCCCGCGGGUGUCCCCCACCAGCGUCCUCAGCGUGGACCGCCGCUCCCUCAACACGGGCCACGGUUCCCUCAUGGGCUCCCCGUCACCUCGCUCCUCACCCAGGGCCUCCCCACGAGGCUCUCCCAGAGGCUCUCCGCGUUGCUCGCCCCGCUCGGGCUCCCCCAGGCCAUUCUCCCGGCCGUCCUCCCCGCUGGCGGGGUGUGAUCGGGGCAGUCCCCGCGCGCCCUCCCCAAGGGCAGCCUCGCCCAUCCACUUCGUGCCGCCGCCCGUUCCCUACAGUGACCCCGAGGUGCGGCUGCGACCCCGACCGCUGCCCCGACAGUUCGGGAUUGGGGACGCUGUGCGUGUGGACGAUGAGCGGGGCCGCUCCCGCGCCGACGUGAGCGCCGCCGCCAGGAAGGAGCCGCACGGCCUGGAGGCCCGUAGCGACUCUCUGAAGAAAAUGUCUGGUGGGCGCCCCUGGCGGAAUGGCGCGUCUGAGGAGCGGCCGAGGACGGGGAUCGCCAGUGAGCAGUCAGUGGCGGCGGCAGCGGCGCCGGCGGGGCGGGGUGCGGGUGGUGGAGAGCGAGGUAAGGAGAAGAGCAGGUCACCGUGCACGGCAGAGGGGCGCAGCAUCAUCAAGGAGGACCCGCGGCCCGAGGUGUCACGGGAGGAGGGGGUGGCGCGGAAGGACAGCUCCACGCGGCGUGUGUCGUGGGUGCCGGGCGUCACCGACAAGGCCGCCGCUAGCAGGGACAAGCCUGCCUACAAGAGGAGACACUCGGCGGUAGUCAAGUCCAGCGAGGUGACCUUCCAGCGGCAGCGGUCCUUUUCCCUGGACAGCCAGCAGCAGGUGCGGCUGACGGUGGCGGGAUCGGCGUCAUGGCUGCUGGUGCCGCGGCCCGUCAUCUCCACGGAGAACAGCACCACGCGUCUGGCGGAGCCGCGCGGGGAGAGGGACCGCUCUGAGCCCCGCUACUUCACCUUCUCCGACGUGCAUCCCUGCACCUGGGAGGGCGCUGGCCGCCACGGCACCACCUCCUCCAGCAGGAGACACGAAGCGAACAGCGGUGCGGGGGACCCGUCCGCCACUUCCAGGUUCCUGGUGCUGAAUCCUGACGUGCCCCGCGAGCGUUUGGUGACGUACACGAGCAGCGAGGGCACGCGCCUCACAUUCGCUGACCUGUACACGCGGGAUUACCUGUACACGCUGCCUGUGCUGUUCCUGGCGGCGGCGCGCGGCCACUCUGCCAUCACCUACCUCCUCCUCAAGUACGGUGCCUCGGCGGGAGUCACCGAUACCUUUGGCAACACUCCGCUGCACCUGGCGGCCUGCCAGAUGCAUGUGGCCUGGGAGAGCGUACUUGACCUGUUGGAGUUCGGCGCUCCCAUCUCGCGGCCCAACACGGCGGGCACCACGCCCCUGCACCUGCAGCCCGCCCUGGUCAAGCUUCAGGAGCAGCUGGUGCUGGACUGCCUGGCCACCUUCGAGCCGCCUGCACGGCCUGAGCCAGACCCGGUCACAUCCUCCAGUCGGGACCUGGCCUCCGCGCCCGUCCGUCAGUCAUCCAACUUGCUGCGGCGCCUCCAGGGCGUGACCAGUAGGGACAAGAGCACCACCGCCGCUGCUGCCGCCGCCACUGCCUGCCCCGCUGCCGCUACCGCCGCCCCAGCCGCUGCAUCAUCCAGUUUGCGUGGGCGGGUGGCGCCGGGGCGCGCUGGGGCAGUGAGGGGAGAGCGAGAGGAGGACGCUGGCGGCAUGCCCUCAGCAGAACCCAGCGCGGCGUUGCUUACCACCUCUGGCAGCGUCAGGAGCCGCGGGGGAUCUGCCACUGGCCCUGGACCUGACUACCGCAGCAAGGAACUGACGUGGGAGACGCUGAGUCACCUGGGCAGCCGCAGGAGAAUUCGUCAGCUGCACGAGGAGGGCAUGGACUCCGAGGACGGCGCCAAGACUACGGUGGCGGAGGCUGAGCGCAGCAUUGCACUCCUGAAGCGGCUGAGCGGGAGUGUGGAGUGCCUGGGAUUCAUAACACGCCACCUGCUCGCGUCCGCCGCCAACAUCCUGGACUUCUACGAGCGCUGCACUGAGGCACAUCUGCACACCUGCUUCAGCUCCCUCCUACACCAUCUCCUCAAGAACAUCCUGGAGCUUCUCUGCACGACCAACGGCAGCGGCUCUUUUAGCAACGGAGGGGCUGACGGCGACGCUGCAGGAGUAUCAGGGGCGGCGGGGAAGCGAGGUGAGGGUGCCGCUGCUAUGUGUCUCCUGGUGAAGCUGUGCUCCUCCCUCCUGGCAGGGGUGCAGGAGCUUCAGUUUACGGCCAUGACCACGCUGAACAAGGUUAUAGAUGCUGCCGUGGUGCACAGGAUUGGUGACCUGAGCAUUGACCUCGACCACCACCUCUUACCGCCGGGCUCCUCCUCCGCCGCCUCCUCCGCUAGUUCCACCACGGCCUCGGCUGCUGACAGGCGCGGCAAGGUACAGCCUCUCUUCGUGGGCGUGACAUCUGGGCGGCUGGCACGGCAGGACAGCAGGACGGGUAGCGUGGUGAGCGGGACAGGGGAAGGAGCACCGCCGCCCCCACCUCCUCCACCCCCAGGCCCCGGCGCGGGCAGCCCUGGCACGCCGGAGUCAGGGGCG